UUCCUCCGCCAAUGAGGCCGGGCCAGAUCAGGCCGGGGAAACCCGCCGGCGGCGCCGCUCCUCGCCUGCGGGCCGGGCCGCACGUCCACCGGCAGGAGGCGGAGGCAGGAGGCGGAGGCGAGAGGCGGGACGGAGCCGCCCCACCGCCGGCGCUUCGGAGCUGAGCUGCCCGGCAGAGCCACACUCGCGCGCAGCCAUGCAGCCGCCUCUCGCCCUCCUCGUGCCUCUCCUCCUGGGCUGCGCAACUUGCGCGCAACCGCCGGGCUCCGCCGAGCAGCGCUGCUUCUGCCAGGUCACUGGCCAUUUGGACGACUGUACUUGCGACGUUGAGACUAUUGACAGCUACAACAACCGCAAGAUUUUCCCCAGCCUGCAGAAACUUUUGGAAAGUGAUUAUUUCAGAUAUUACGAGGUUAACCUAAAGAAGCCUUGUCCAUUUUGGAGCGACGACAGUCACUGUGGAAUUAGAGACUGUGCAGUAAAGCCAUGCCCAUCGGAUGAAGUCCCUGGCAGAAUUAGGUCGGAGAGUCACAACAAGUAUUCCGAAGCCGCUGCCCACCUCGCCGAGGACUGCGAAGAAGCCGAGAGACUUGGAGCCGUUGAUGGAUCCCUGAGUGAGGAAACGGCGAGGGCUGUGAUUCGAUGGACGCGGCACGAUGAUUCUGCAGAGAGCUUUUGCGAAGUGGACGAUAUCCAGUCUCCAGAAGCGGAGUACGUAGAUUUGCUUCUCAAUCCAGAACGUUACACUGGCUACAAGGGACCUGAAGCCUGGAAGAUCUGGAACAGCAUCUAUGAAGAAAACUGUUUCAAACCUCAGUCCGUAAAAAGGCCUUUAAAUCCCUUGGCUUCUGGAAGAGCUGCGGGAGAAAAUGAAGGGAACAUGUUUUACAGCUGGCUGCAAGGUGUCUGUGUGGAGAAGAGGGCUUUCUACAGGCUCAUUUCUGGCCUCCAUGCCAGCAUUAACAUCCAUCUCAGCGCCAGGUACCUCUUGCAAGACACGUGGGCAGCCGAGCGUUGGGGCCACAACAUCACCGAGUUCCAGCAGCGCUUUGACGAGGUCCUGACCCAGGGCGAGGGUCCCAGGAGGCUGAAGAACCUCUACUUCCUCUACCUGAUAGAGCUGCGGGCCCUGUCCAAAGCCCUCCCUUACUUCCAGCGCCCCGAUUUCCAGCUGUUCACGGGAGCUGAAAGCCAGGAUGAAGAAACCAAGAGCCGCCUUUUGGAAAUUCUGCAUUUAACCAAAUCAUUCCCUUUGCACUUCAACGAAAAUUCGCUUUUUGCUGGGAGCCCAAAAGAAGCGGCUAAAUUAAAGGAAGAAUUUAGACUCCACUUUAGGAACAUUUCAAGGAUUAUGGACUGUGUUGGUUGCAUCAAAUGUCGUCUUUGGGGGAAGCUGCAGACUCAGGGCUUGGGAACAGCCCUGAAGAUCCUGUUUUCUGAAAGCCUGAUAGAAAACAUGCCAGAGAAAGGACCCUCCCCCAAAUUCCACCUAACGAGGCAGGAAAUCGUGUCCCUCUUCAACGCCUUUGGAAGGAUUUCAACAAGUAUUAAGGAACUGGAGAACUUCAGGAACCUGCUGAGACCUCUCCACUGAAGCUGUUUCCUGAU